UCUGAAGUUGGCAUUAUACGCAUAGUACGCAUGCGCAAGAUUCACAUACUCCCUAGCUCUAAAUAAGAGUUACAAGAGAAGCGAGAUGACGGACACACCUCCAAGUGAUGGCCCUGCUCCAGUGGCAGAUUUUGAUAUGAUGUCAGCACUCGAUUGGAAGGACGGCAUUGCUACGCUGCCAGGCAGUGACAUCAGGUUUCGGAUGACCGAGUUUGGGACGCUGGAGAUAGUGACUGAGGUGGAGCCGAAGGAGGAGGAGGCGGAGGACGCGACUCCAGCACCGGUAUCUACGUCCAACACCAGUCAAGAGGUGUCGGAGACACACAAGCCUCUCCCAGAAUCCCAGUCAGACAGCCAAGCACAGUCGCAAGCAGGAGCCCCUGAGGUGGAGGCCAGUGUGGAGCAGGGGAGCUGCAGGUCGUGCGGCGUCUCUGGAGCUUUGGACACUUUCCUGCAGGGCAAGUUCUGCAGCGCUGUCUGCGUCCAGCCCACUAGUGGCAGGUCCACCCCGGGGGAAGUGAGUGAGAUUCUGGGCAAGAGGGUGCGGAGGAAGAGGAAGAUGUUCAUGGAGUCUGACGACGACGAUGAAGACAACCAAGAGGAGGAAGAGGAGAAGUUGAAAGCCUGCAAGGGUAGAAGAGCAGCCAAACUGGCCAGAUUGGUAACAGCAGCCCCUACAAAGAAGCGUCCGUGGAGCUGGCAGGCGUAUCUGGAAGAGGAGAGAGCCACAGCUGCCCCUCUCAAGCUCUUCAAGGAGCAUCAGGCGUUCCCCCAGAGCAGAAAUAGUUUUAAAGCGGGGAUGAAGUUGGAGGGGCUGGACCCAGUGCACCCUUCUCUCUUCUGUGUGCUGACUGUCGCUGAGGUGCAGGGCUACAGGAUACGGCUGCACUUCGAUGGCUACCCAGAGUGCUACGACUUCUGGGUGAAUGCAGACUCCUGGGACAUCAAGCCUCCGGGCUGGUGUGAGAAGUCCGGCUUGAAACUUCUGCUUCCAAAAGGUUGUCGAGAGGGAGAGUUCAACUGGAGCACCUAUGUAAAGAACUGCAGAGGCCAGCUGGCUCCAAAACACCUAUUCAAGAGUCUCAAUACAUCGGUGACUCCUUCGGGUUUCCGUGCGGGUAUGAAGCUGGAGGCAGUGGACAGGAAGAACCCGGUCCACAUCUGCGUUGCAACCAUCUCCGCAGUCGUCGACAACCGCCUCCUCAUCCACUUCGACAACUGGGAAGACACGUACGAUUACUGGUGUGAUGCCAGUUGUCCGUAUAUCCAUCCUGUUGGCUACUGUGAGGAUGCAGAGUUGACGCUUACCACCCCCGCAGAAUAUAAGCAUCCAACUUCUUUCUCAUGGGAGCGAUACCUGGAAGAGACGGGAUCACAAGCAGCCCCAGCAAGAGCUUUCAAACAGAGGCCUCCCCAUGGCUUCCAGCUGGGCAUGAAGGUGGAGGCUGUGGACCGCCGCAACCCCAUGCUCAUCCGCGUGGCCACCAUCUCAGAUGCAGAGGACCAUCGAGUCAAGGUCCACUUUGAUGGCUGGGGUGAUGAGUAUGAUUAUUGGCUGGAUGCAGACAGCCCAGACUUGCAUCCAGUGGGCUGGUGCACGAAGACGGGCCACCCGCUGCAGCAUAUACAGAGUGGAUCUGAAUCUCCGCUCCUCCAAGGCCAAGGGUGCCCCACUCCAGGGUGCAACGGUGUCGGACACAUCCGUGGGCCCCGAUAUGGCACACACUACACGUCAGUGAGUUGCCCAUACUCCGACGUGAACAUGAACAGAGAUGCGCUGCUCCCGGACCGUCUGAGCGGAGAGAGGCCCGUCACCCUCUCUGGCCCCCAGAAGCCUCGCCGGGCCGACUCCCACACCAACUCGCACGCCCAGGCACAGGCGCAGGCACAGGCGCACACGCCCACACAGACUAAUGCACCCCCACUUCCAGCCAGCACUCCCGAGUCAAGUAACAGCAAUGACAAUCACGUGGCCCAGUCAAGGUCUCUGAAUGCAAUGAAGUGUGCUAAACUACAGCUGGUGAAGCAGGAAGGGGAGGGCAGAGGUGUUGGCACAGAAUCGCUGCAGCAGUUCCUGCAUGACUCUGUGUUUUGCGGCUGGGAGCCUCCUCACCUGAGCCUGAGCUGGGAGAAGCACGGCAAGCUGCUGCCGGAGGUCCAUGGCCUCACCGCCAAGCGGGUGUCCUCCUGGAGCACAGAGGAGGUGGCUGGUUUUGUGCGAGGGUUGCCAGGCUGCAGGGAACAUGCGGCUACCUUCCGUACCGAGCAAAUAGAUGGGGAGGCCUUUCUGCUUCUAACACAGUCAGACAUUGUAAAGAUUCUCAGUAUCAAACUGGGGCCUGCCCUCAAGAUCUACAAUUCCAUUCUGAUGCUAAAGAGUGCUGACGAGGAAUAAUAAGCCACACCCCUCAUUACCAAGAAACCUAUCCCCACCUCCGUUUACCUGUCGAUCACCAUGUUUGUGUGAUUGCACAAAAACGAUCAAAACCGAGCCAACUGAAUGUUGCGCACAGGUGCACACAGCAUAUUUCUAAUCGAAAUUCAUUGUAAUGUUUCAGUGAGCAUGUGUGCUGCUUCGAUUUGCUGGCUUUUGAUCUUUUGUGUGCCAUCACAAAUGGGGUGAAUGGCCAGCACAAGUGAAGAAGCCUGCGACCAAUCAACAAGCGGGAGUUAAACAAAGGUCUUCCUGUAUGACAGUGUUUUUAGGCUAAAGCCAGCUUGGUCAAACAUUUUAUUCUCCUUUAAUUUAAUAAAAUGGACAAGUGAUGUUUUAAUAACUGAACGAGGAAUGAACAAAUGCCACAGAGCUUUUACUUGAAAUUAUUAUGUUAAUGUUUAAAACAUGCUCUGUGUUCGUGCAAUGUGAGUGUAAACAUUUUUUGUUGAUUUCAACAUAACAUUUGUAAAAAGGAAAAAAAAGAAGUGAUUGUAUAGUGUACAGAAUGAUUGAAUUACUGUAUAGUGUACAUAAGGAUUUGAGUUGGUUCUUUAAUGUACAGAAUGAACCUUGAUUGGUUUUUAGUGAUGUACAGAAUGUGCAAAGUGGAUGUUUUAGUGUACAGAAAGAAUGCCAGUCACAGGCACCCUCGCGUCUGAAGAAUUAUGAGUUGGAGUGAACAGCUUUGUGCUGGGAUAGUGUUGGGUUACAGAAAAAUAAAUGGUCUGACCAUU